UAAAAAAAAAAAAGCGAGGAGGUCGUGUCGCCAGCUGAUGACGUACGGUGCGCUCAUGAUGACGCGCGUGCGCAGUUCGGUCGGGCUCCGGCGGGACUCUGUUCGUACCGUGUUGUCGUGGCUGAGUGUCCGAGUCAGAGUCUAGGUGACGACAACAUGACCGUGGUCAUCGGGUUUGAGGGCAGCGCCAACAAGAUAGGAGUCGGGAUUGUGCGAGACGGCGAGGUUCUGGCCAACCCGAGGCGCACGUAUAUCACCCCCCCUGGACAAGGGUUUCUGCCCAGUGAAACUUCGAAACAUCAUCGCGGUGUCAUCCUCACGGUCCUCAGGGAAGCCUUGCAACAGGCAGCUUUGAAACCUGCUGACAUUGACUGUGUUGCUUACACAAAAGGUCCAGGGAUGGGUGCCCCUCUUGUAACGGUGGCCAUUGUAGCUCGCACCGUCGCCCAGCUUUGGAGGAAACCGUUGCUGGGAGUGAAUCACUGCAUUGGACACAUUGAAAUGGGACGCCUGAUUACCCACGCCAAUAACCCCACUGUGCUGUAUGUCAGUGGGGGCAACACACAGGUUAUUGCAUACUCCGAGAAACGAUACCGAAUAUUUGGGGAAACGAUUGAUAUCGCUGUGGGGAACUGUCUUGACAGAUUUGCAAGGGUGAUUAAGAUCUCCAAUGAUCCCAGCCCUGGAUACAAUAUUGAGCAGAUGGCAAAGAAGGGCUCUCAAUAUGUGGAACUUCCGUACACAGUGAAGGGGAUGGAUGUGUCUUUUUCGGGGAUCUUGUCGUACAUUGAGGAGGUGGCUCAUAAAAUGCUGGGAUCUGGGCAGUGUACAGCAGAGGACCUUUGUUUCUCUCUUCAGGAGACCCUGUUUGCGAUGCUGGUGGAGAUCACAGAGCGAGCCAUGGCCCACUGCAGUUCCCAGGAGGUUCUGAUUGUUGGUGGUGUGGGCUGCAACCUCCGCCUACAGGAGAUGAUGAGGAUCAUGUGUAUGGAAAGGGGUGCCAAGGUUUUUGCUACAGAUGAAAGGUUUUGUGUUGACAAUGGUGCAAUGAUUGCACAGGCUGGAUGGGAGAUGUUUCGGGCAGGACAGCUGACUGACCUGGCAGACUCCUGGAUUACUCAGAGGUACAGGACAGAUGAGGUGGAAGUCACUUGGCGAGAUUAAUUCGUCUCGCUUUAAAUUUUAACCCCCCCCCCCUCGUCUAAAUGGACAAUGAAGGGUAACUGUGAAACAGGAGGAGUUUCAAGGAAUUUCUACUGUCAGUUAAGUGUGGUAGAGCUUAUGUUUCAUUUCAUUGACUCCAUUGUGUUUUGGGUGUAAACUGCCCCACUGUUUUCCUAAAACGCAACACGACGACUUUUUAAUUCCGGUCUUUAGAAAUUACACCCUUAAAUUAGCUUCAAAAUUUGCUUGUCUAUUUUGCCAAACAUUUUGUUUCAUUCAUUUUUAAAAUAUGUUGAUUUAAUAAAUAAAAUGCUUAUGACCAUAUAUCAUACAGUGCCUCUAGAGUUUUU